AUGGCUGUCCAGUGCACUCCCCUCCUGUUCCUUGCCUGUGUGUUGUCCCUGCCUACCCCACAUCUCACCAGGAACAUCCAAAGCCUGUCCCUCUUCAAUCAACCUGUCCUGAAUAACACCGUGUCUGCUCUGAACACCUUAGUGAAUGGUCAGCUCCGGCUGGUGAACGGCUCCAACCAGUGCUCUGGACGGGUGGAGGUUUGGUACCGCAAUGAGUGGGGAACGGUGUGUGAUGACAACUGGGACAUGAGAGAUGCUUCCGUGGUAUGCAGGCAGCUCGGCUGUGGAGAGGCAAUAUCAGCCCCAGGCAGUGCUUAUUUUGGGAGUGGCUCUGGGACUAUCUGGCUGGACGAGGUUAACUGCAAUGGCCAGGAGGAGCUCCUCACUGAGUGCUCGCGGCCAGAUUGGGGAGUGCACAAUUGCAGGCACAGCGAGGACGCAGGUGUUGUGUGCUCAGGCUGGCCCAAGGACUGCAGCGAGAUCCCUGCUGGCAGCCCCAGCGGCAUCUACGUCAUCCAGCCCACAGGACUGCACCCCAUCGUGGUGUCCUGCGAAAUGAACGUGACGGACGGGGGCUGGACGGUCAUCCAGAGGAACCGGCAGAGCACAGAGAUCACCUGGGCCGAGUCCUGGAGCACCUACAAGUAUGGCUUUGGGAACUUGCACACCGACUACUGGCUGGGCACUGAGUACAUCCACCAGAUCUCCCAGCAGAAGGUCUAUCAGGUCAGGUUUGUCAUCUGGGAUGCCUCAAAUAACACCAAGUUUGCAGACUACAACCUCUUCAAUGUGGAAGAUGAGUCCCAGGGCUACCGGCUGAGGCUGGGCGCAUACUCAGGGACAGCGGAGGAUGCCAUGGCCUCAAAGAAUCCCAGUGUCAUACACGACAACAUGAAGUUCUCUGCAAAAGAUCUGGAUCAGGACACUUCAAGCGGGAACUGUGCCUCCAGCUCUGGGGGCGGGUGGUGGUACUCUGCGUGUUAUUCUGUACGGCUGAACGUCAAGGGGGCCAUAACGUGGGGCAGCCUCUGCAACGGGAACUGCAAAGCUUCUGCCAUCCUCAUCAAACCCAUUACCUACUGCUAGGGCUUCACUGCUGCCUGUCUGCACCAGGAUGUGGUCAGAGCAGUGACCCGCUGGGCCCUUCUUUGCUGGGAGGAGGGGAGCGGGUGGCAGCAAGGCACACCCUGUGCUGCCAAGAGAUUUUUCUUUCACCUCUUUUGCAGAGCUCCUCUGCUUCCUUUGCUGGGU